GAGUGUAAUGGCGCUUUGUGCGCCUAAUAUUUAGGGAGUGAGUGAAAAAAAUACCCCAAUCUGUUGUGCUUGUCGCCAGUUAUCGGCGUUUUCUCAUUCUUGGACACAUUUUUGGAAUACUGCACACUUCAAAUAUGAUCUAUUGGACUACGUUUGUAAGAUAUUUGAAUACAUAGACGUGUUUCGUCUGCCGUGCGUGAAUUCGUAAUUUUUGAAGUCACAGCCAUCUUUGCUGUUCGCUGACUUCAUUUUCAUUCGUGAAUGCUAGUGGAUUUUACACCAUCGAGCAUUGAUUGACCUUCUACGCUUUCAUCGCUGCCGUUUCCUCUGCAUUACAUUGGCUAUAAGUGUCGAAAUCCUGGAGAGAGAGCUUAACUCGGCCAUAGAAGCAAAGCCGGGCUGUUUGCGGUGUGAGUACACAAGAGGUCAAGUAUUGCCAACUGACCGUACAGUGGACAAACUAUUAUUACUGUAACUCAAAGCUGUAAUUGUCAGAUGCUCUGCUUAUAACAUUAUGGACAGUGAUUCAGGACAUUCACGCAGUAGUCACCAUUCUACGCAUUCUCAUCGGAGUAGACGCAAGGACAAACAUCGUGACAAGGACAGAGAUCGUGACCGUGAACGAGAAACUGAUAGAGAAUCUGAUAGGGAACAUGGUAGACGACGUUCCAGAUCACGUGAUCGGCAUCGGGACAGAGAUCAUGAUAGAGAUCGUGGACAUGAAAGUGAUGCAAGCCAUCGAAGUCACAGAGUACGUGAUAGGUCAGUUACGAUACGCACACCGCCGAUGAUGACAGAUGAAGAACGUCCUGAGGACGAGGUCAUAGAAGUUCAGAUCUUACCACAGGAUGAUAAUUGGGGUGAAAACACAACUGUCAUUACAGGUGCUACCUCUGAAUACAGCGUAUCUAAUGAAGACUUGUCCCAAUUCACCAAAGAUAUGGAAGCAAGUGUUGGAUUUGAUUGUAGUCGAUAUAUUGGUGGAAUAGUUGGAUUGUUGUUAGGACUUGUUGCAGUUUUAACGCCGAUCGCAUUUCUCGUAAUUCCGUUAUUCCUCUGGGAGUUUGAUGAAUCUGUGUCUGAUAAAUGUAACGUCGUGUGUCAGGGUCUUCUCAUUAGUUUUUCUUUUAAAUUGGUUAUUUUGCUGAUUGGUAGCAUCGCACUGUUCUUCAGAAAACCCAAAGCUACAUUACCUCGUGUAUUCUGGCUACGGGCCCUUGUCAUGUUACUCAUUGUCGUCUUCAUCAUCUCUUACUGGCUGUUCUAUGGUUUUCGUAUAAUUGACGCACCAGCCGAGCUCAAAUUUGACAAUGACUAUGAGAGUGUAGUUGCGUAUUCAUUAUCGUUGGUGGAUGCAUUGCUCUUUAUCCACUACUUGGCGAUUGUUUUGUUAGAGAUUCGACAAAUGACAACUCAGUUCACCCUCAAAGUUAUACGAACAAAUGACGGAGAAAGUCGCUUUUAUAACAUUGGGGAGUUAAGUAUUCAGCGUGCUGCAGCAUGGGUUUUGGAACAGUACUAUCGUGAUUUCCAUGUAUAUAACCCAUAUCUUCAACAUUUGCCGUCAUCACGCGCAAAGCAGCUGUCAAGCUUCAAAUUCUAUGAUGUUGAUGGUGGAAUGAAUACCACUGUAACCGGGAGAUCACGUGCCAUCCUUGCUGCUAAUGCUAGGAGACGUGAUGCUGGCCAUAAUGAUAGAUUUUAUGAAGAGCAAGAGUAUGAGCGACGUGUAAAGAAACGCAAGGCACGUUUGGUGGUGGCAGCGGAGGAAUCCUUCACUCACAUCAAACGUAUGAAUGAAGAGCAUGGUCCGUCAAAUCCUAUGGAUCCUUAUGAGGCAGCGCAAGCAAUCUUCCCAUCCAUGGCAAGAGCGUUACAAAAAUAUCUACGUAUAACUCGUCAGCAACCACGCUGGACGAUGGAAUCUGUUCUAAAUCACCUUGCAACAUGCAUUGGUCACAAUUUUACUCCAAAGGCAUUUCUUGAACAAUUCUUUAAUCCCGGUCCUCCAAUCCUGGAACACAUAAGGGAGGGACGUAAUUCGCAACCAUGGGAACUAAUAUGCGAUCAGAUGGCGAAUUGGCCGUUGAAAGCCGAUACAACCUUCUUACUGCGUCAAGGCGAUGUCUCAUUGCUUGUUUAUGUCAUGCAUAUUCCACAUUUUCAGAUGAGUGAAGAAGCAUUUGAUCACAAAAACAACAAAUUUGUUCUUCGUCUCCAAUCUGAGACCUCUGUGUAGAUUUCUGGAGGAUUCAGUGGAUUCAAGUUAAAAAAGAAAGAUGUAUUUGUCUAGUUUGUAAAGUACGGCAUGUAAUCAGCAGUUACCGUAGUAAUCAGUACUUCAAUGGUUACUAUUUAUGUAAAAAUGUAAGUUUUAUUUUAUAUUUUGUGAACUUUAUCGUCAAUUGUGCUAACCUUCAUUUUAGUGCAUUGACCAAGAACAGUGUAAUAUUAUAGUUGGUGUUAUCUAGUGUAGCUCUUGUUAGUUUCCUGUUCAGAUUGAUGUCAAUGGUAUUGCUGAUUGAAUUGUUCAGUCUUUCUAGAUUAAUAUGGUUAAUGUUUUAUUAACAUUAAUCAGUUAUUAUCUGUAUAUCACUGUUAGAGUUACUGCAUCGUAUCUGUAUUUAAUACUUGGACCAAUGUAGCAUGUAGUGUGUGUUCCACUGAAAUAGACGAGUUGGCAUCUGUGAUGUAAUGCAGUUAUUAUGUGGCAUAUUGAGUACUAAACUGGCAUAUUGCCAAAUACUUGAUGAGUGAUGAAGGACUAAUAGGGACAAUUCCAUAAAAUAUAAACCAAUUAUACUCCUUAUAUUAUCAAUAUACUUUAAAUAUUGUUUUAUUUUGUAAGAAAAUACUUUUUUAUUGUACAUUUAGUACACAUUGCAAGGACUUCCAUGCAUUUUGUAUUGAGUUGAGCUCAAAUUUUUAGAGCCUUUUGAGAAGAUUUUUUAUCCUACCCAAACCUCAUAUUUAAUGCAAAGUAAAUUUCAUUUCAUUUUGGGGAACCUUUGAGAAAAGAAAGAACCAACAAACAUAAGUACAUUAAUGGUUUGUAACUUGUAUGUACCGUAAUCAAUUCGCAUUUCAAUAUUGUAUACAAUUUGCUGUUCUUUGUCUCCUAUAUUCAUCUCUGCACAUUCGAACUGUACAGGCCGAAAUAUUGACCCAUGCACUGUCAAGGCACAAAAAAAUUUUGUAAAAUAUGUGGUAAACAAGUGGAUAAAUGUUUGUCGUAUUAGAUUAUUUAAUAUCUUAAUUUUGAGAAUUUGUUUAAUACAGGCUAGAUAAAUAUUGAAAUAUUGCCCACAGAUAGGUUAAAAUAAUGUUUCAGUAGAUAGGUAAAUAUUCACAAGGUGUUGAAUAUUGAAAUAGUUUGACAUUGGGAUAAUAACUUGUGAGUUGAAUAUUAAUGAGGUUAAUAAUUCAAUAUUCACCUGGUUAUGUAUGUUAACUCCUAACAUUACAGUAGAACAUUUUCAGGGUCAAUAAUAGAAUAGAAUUACCUGUACUCAUUAUAAAUCUUUAAAACUUAUUUUUAAUGUCACUUUUCUGCUUAAUGUGUAUCUUCUGUAAAUUUAAAAAUUGGUGUGAAACUGGAAUCAAUUGAUGCCUAAUGUUACCCUUAAUUUGAUUUUUUAAUUUAUCACAGAUAGUUGGUUAAAUAGGCAUACUGAAAGACUUCAAUCUUUGGUCGAAUCUUCAUCUUGUAAGUUGCAAUGUUGGUGCAGAGAAAGCCACAAAAUGGGCUCUUUAGACAAAAGAACUUUUGCCUUGUUAGAAGUUUUGCUACUCUUUUGCCAUUCUCUCUGGUGAAGUGACAUCCACAGUUUUGUUGGAGUAUGCAAGAAAGCAACCCUCCCCCUCCCCAUUGUCAAUUAAAAUCACCCAAUUUAAAUUUCUGCCUUCAAUUGUAAUUUUAAUAACGUUUUUGUGAAGUUCAUCAAGCCUUUCAAGCAAUUUAUUUUUCUGUCUUUUUAUUAUUGCAACUUUGUACAGUAUUAGAUUCUUACAGAUUAAUAAAUGUUACCGACAUACAUGUA